AUGCUUUUUCCCGAACUUAACAAUCGCAGGAGAAAAUCUCUCACGGUUAUAGCUAUGGCAAUGGCGGAACCAAGGAAGCUGAGAGGCCACUCAUCGACUGCCACUUGCUGUAUAACUUCUCGUGACCGGCCGGGACUUGUUGUCACUUCCGGCGAGGAUGGUCGCGUUUGCUGGUUUGAUUUGCGAUGUAAAGAUGUCCAAUUCACCAUUGACGUUGGGGCAGAACCUGUUUCAUCUCUUUGUUUCAAAACAGGUAACGAGAACAUUCUCUAUGCUUCUUCUGGAAACGAAAUCAAGUCUUUCGAUGUUCAUACGCUAAAUGGUGCUUCUUGGAAGCCAUUAGAUAGUUACAAUUACAACAAAGAUGAAGUAAACCAAGUGGUUUGCAAUGGAAGAUCAUCUUUUCUAGCUUCUGCUGAUGACUCUGGUGAUGUUAAGAUCAUCGAUAUUGGUCAGAAAUGUCUUUACAAAACCCUUAGAGCUGGUCAUACAAGUAUAUGCAGUAGUGUACAAUUCAUUCCAUGGAGACCUUGGGAAGUUAUAACUGGUGGACUUGAUUCGAAGCUUCUUCUGUGGGAUUUCUCAAAAGGCCGAUCGCAAAAGAUUAUAGACUUUGGCUCUGAUACACAAAGUAACUCAGGACAAUGUUUAAACCCUGCGUUUGUUCACUCGAUAGCGAUUCCGGAAGUAGACAUGGUUGAUAAGUUAGGCAAGAUAUGCGCGGUUGCUAGAGGUGACGGGAUUGUCGAUCUGAUCAAUAUCGAAUCAGAGCUUUCACGGAAAGGAACUUCAUCAAAAGGAAGCAGCAGCAGCAGCAAUGUGAUGAACAAAAGGGUUUGUUUAGAUUACUCUGUUGGUGGACACAACGCUGCUGUGUCUUGUGUUGCGUUUUCUCUGUUUCAAGAAAAAGGUAGGUUCUUGAUCUCAGGUGGUAAUGAUAAGACAGUUAAAAUCUGGGAUUGCUUUAAAUGUCUUGAUUCAGAAAUCAACAACAACAGUGACUUCCUCCAUUUGGAUAUUAGCCUGAGCAAGAAGGUGAAUUGGCUUUGCACGAGUCAAUCUGAUUCUGAGAAUCUUGUCGUCUGUGACACAACGAGAGUAGUUAAGGUUUACACAAUCUCUUAA